AGCCGAUUGGCAGAACGGUGCUUUCAAGAACAAUAACAGUGGGGGGAGCCGGGGCCCCGGGGAGCCUCCCCGCCCCCCGGCCCGGUUGCGCGGCUCACGCCCCCCGCGGGGUCCCCACCUCCGCGCCCACCCCGCGGGGUGAGCGGCGCGCCCGGCCCGCCCCCGGCGCCCACCAUGUACGCCUUUGUGCGGUUCCUGGAGGACAACGUCUGCUACGCUCUGCCGGUGUCGUGCGUGCGCGACUUCAGCCCCCGCUCGCGACUGGAUUUUGACAACCAGAAGGUGUACGCCGUGUACCGGGGCCCGGAGGAGCUGGGCGCCGAGCCCGAGAGCCCCCCGCGCGCCCCCGGGGAUUGGGGCGCGCUGUUGCUCCACAAGGCCCAGAUCCUGGCGCUGGCAGAAGACAAAUCUGACCUUGAAAACAGUGUGAUGCAGAAGAAAAUUAAAAUCCCCAAACUUUCUCUCAGUCACAUAGAAGAUGAUGGGGAGGUUAAAGAUUAUGGGGAAGAAGAUUUACAGCUUAGACACAUCAAGGAUUGUCUGGGGAAAUAUUGAGCCGCAGUCCAAGAAAGUCCCAGCUGCUCUUGCCUGAACUGAUUCUCGUUGUCCUACACAGAGACCUGAGGGGCGGAAGCCGAGUGAAGCAGCGCACAAGAGUAUCGAGGCAGUGGUGGCCCGGCUAGAGAAACAGAACGGCCUGAGCCUGGGCCACAGCAAUUGUCCGGAAGAGGUCUUUGUGGAGGCCUCUCCAGGCACAGAGGACAUGGACAGUUUGGAGGAUGCAGUCGUGCCCCGGGCUCUGUACGAGGAGCUGCUGCGCAACUACCAGCAGCAGCAGGAGGAGAUGCGCCACCUCCAGCAGGAGCUGGAGCGGACUCGGAGGCAGCUCGUACAGCAGGCCAAAAAGCUCAAGGAGUAUGGGGCACUGGUGUCCGAAAUGAAGGAACUUCGUGACCUCAACCGGAGGCUCCAAGAUGUGCUGCUCCUGCGGCUUGGCAGUGGUCCCGCCAUUGACUUGGAAAAAGUAAAGUCAGAAUGUCUCGAGCCCGAGCCGGAGUUACGAAGCACUUUCAGUGAGGAAGCAAAUACGUCGUCCUAUUACCCCGCUCCUGCGCCUGCCAUGGACAAGUAUAUCCUAGACAAUGGCAAGGUCCAUCUGGGAAGCGGGAUUUGGGUUGAUGAGGAGAAAUGGCACCAGCUACAAGUGACCCAAGGAGAUUCCAAGUACACAAAGAACUUGGCAGUCAUGAUUUGGGGAACAGACGUUCUGAAAAACAGAAGCGUUACAGGAGUCGCCACAAAAAAAAAGAAGGAUGCAGUCCCGAAGCCACCCCUUUCUCCUCACAAACUUAGCAUCGUCAGAGAGUGUUUGUAUGACAGAAUAGCACAAGAAACUGUGGAUGAAACUGAAAUUGCACAGAGACUCUCCAAAGUCAACAAGUACAUCUGUGAGAAAAUCAUGGAUAUCAAUAAAUCUUGUAAAAAUGAAGAGCGAAGGGAAGCAAAAUACAAUUUGCAAUAAACUUUGAGUUUUUUCAUAAAGUCUUUGUAUCUUCCUUGCGAGCCGUGUGCACUGCAGGCGAUGGUGCCAUCUAAAGAGAGCAUACCAGGCGUGGCCAUGUCCAGGCAGGGAGCCUUAGGGUGUUGGGGUCAGCAGCUUAUUCUGAACUUGAACUUCUUACUUCAAAGAAGGCAGAUAGAUUUGCUGAGACUCAGGCAAAGCCUCUUGUCACUGCCACUGUUUUUAUGGAAUGGGGAAAUCUUUUUCACAGGACUGUAAAGCAUCUCUGAGUGGGCUGUCACUAACCACAAUAUGAACUGUUGUUUUUACCAUCCAAGGACUUCUAUCUCUGUUCCUCUAUUUUGUUCUAUAAUGGAACUCCAUUAAUUCUU